CAGUGUUCCAAACCUCCCUCCCCUCAGUAACAUUGCGUGUUCUAUCAAUCUUGGAAUUGAGUUAAGAGAGUAUUUAGUUUCUGGCUGGAACCCGCAACACCUGGAGACAGAAAAAUAUAAUCUGCAGGGCUUAGGAUUAGAGUUCAAUAGUUUAAAACCAUGUAGAUAGACAGUAGAUAUCAACAGACGAUUCUACUUCAAAUCAAUCAAAUAACUCUCUAUGUAGUGUUUACCCCCGUACCCUGCAAUCUGUAGUGAAACAUGCUCAUUAUCUUUCCUUCGUUGUCUCUGUUACUAAGUAUAAUUCCUAAAGGUAUUCAAGGAACCUUGUAUUGUUAUCAAUGUGAAGAUUGUCCCAGCGCGGAUCUGCAACCUCUGCGACAUCUAAUGGGAUGUCCUGAUGAAUCCUAUCUCUCUUGCUUGGCAACAGUAACCAAGUUUGCUUCCUAUGAGACUGUAAGUCGAGGGUGUACCAGAGCUCCUGCAGUGGUUCAAAGGGAUAGAUUCUAUCAUAAUCGGGAUGUUGUUUGUAGCCAUCACUCUGUAAAUAUUAUCCAGGCAAGUGUAUGCUUGUGUAAUGGAGAUGGUUGUAAUGGAAAGGGAUUAUCUGCCUACUAUUUAGAAACUAAGAGAGAUGAUGCAUUAAAGUUAGAAACUAUGGAUUCAUCUUUUCCCGAGGGAUCAGAAAACGAAAGCAAUGAUGGAGAAGGGAAAACAAACCAACUUAUAUCAUCAGCACAGAACUAUUAUUUCUCCUCGUUACUUCUCUCAAUAAUGAUAUUUACAAUGAUAUAAAUAAAGUACAAAAUUAUCA